AUGGCUUCUCAACCAGAAGCGCCCGCCGCCGAAGUCCCCCCUACUGCGAACCCUCCAUCAACUAAGCAAACUGUCGACCCUUGGAAUGUUUCCGGAGAAGUAGGCGAAGAUGGCAAAGUCAAGGCGAUUGACUACAAAAAACUGGUAGAAGAAUUUGGUACCAAGCUCAUAGAUCAAGCUGUCCUAGAUCGGUUCGAGCGAGUCACAGGGCACAAACCCCAUAGGUUUAUGAGACGUCAGAUUGUCUUCAGUCAAAGAGAUCUGGAGGUUAUCCUUGAUCGCCAUGAAAAAGGAGAGCCGUUCUUUCUUUAUACCGGUCGUGGCCCCAGUAGCGAUUCGAUGCACAUUGGUCACACGCAAAUCUUUGACUUCUGCAAAUGGUUACAAGAUGUAUUUGACGUUCCUCUUGUCAUUAUGCUUACCGAUGACGAGAAAUUUCUAUUCUCAGAAAAGCGCACGGUUGAAGAGGUCAUUGGCUACUCACAUGAUAACUGUAAGGAUAUCAUUGCGAUCGGAUUUGACCCGGACAAAACUUUCAUAUUCUCCGACUACGAGUACAUGGGCGGCGCAUUUUAUAGGAAUGUCACAAGAUUCAGCAAACUUGUGACUUACAAUGUAGCCAAGGCCGUUUUUGGCUUCAAUGAGAGCUCGAACAUUGGCAAGAUUCACUUCGCUAGUAUUCAAGGCAGCACAUCGUUUGCCACCUCAUUCCCCCAUAUUUUUGGCGACAACGAGAAAGAGACAGCCAAGAUCCCCUGUCUCAUCCCAUGCGCUAUCGAUCAGGACCCCUAUUUCCGUUUGACCCGUGACUGCGCGACACGGUUGAAGUACGCCAAGCCGUCAUUGAUUCAUUCUCGAUUCCUAGAUGCUCUGCAAGGCCCCGGCUCCAAGAUGUCUGCAAGUAUCGAUAGCUCGGCCAUUUUCAUGAAAGAUACCCCCAAUCAGAUUAAGAAUAAAAUCAACAAAUAUGCAUUCUCAGGUGGUCAAGAAACAGCGGAGCAACAACGGGAGCUAGGCGGUAAUCCAGAUGUCGAUGUUGCUUACCAGUAUUUACAGUUCUUCAUGGAGGACGACGAGGAGUUAGCUAAGCUCGGUCAAGAGUACAGGGAAGGCAAGCUCUUAACUGGAGAGCUCAAAGCAGUCUGCAUUAAGCAUCUCCAGGAGUAUGUAGCCGGUUUUCAGGAGCGAAGAGCCAAGGCAACGGAUGAUGUAGUCAAACAAUUCAUGUCAGUUCGGCCAUUGAAAUGGAAAGGCAACCCUCGAGUAGAGAGAAUCGUACCAGUCUCAGAAACACAAGCAGAAGGUACGGGUGAUGGAAAACUCUCGAAGAAUCAACUCAAAAAGCUAGAAAAAGAGAAACAAAUAGCUGCCAAGAAAGCAGCAAAGGCUGCAGAGAGAACAGCUGCCUAG